AUGAAUAAUAUGAAUAUUAUCGUUCAAUGUUCAUUUUUCGUUCUUUUAUUUGAUUUGAUAUCGAGUAAUCAAGAUGCUGUUUCGUAUAGUUCAACAUUUAAAUUAGUCAAUCAACAAUCCGGUGAUAGACUUCAUUCGCAUGAAGUAAAAUAUGGCUCUGGUAGUGGACAACAAUCUGUCACAGGCUCACCAGAUGCAACUGAUGUGAAUAGUUAUUGGCAAGUUCAUGGAGAAAAUUGUCAACGAGGAUCACCAAUAAAAUGUGACAGCAUCAUUCGGCUACUUCACGUAGCUACAAGGAAAAAUUUGCAUAGUCAUGAUUUUGCAUCACCAUUAUCCUACAAUCAGGAAGUCUCAGCUUCUGAUGAAGGCGGUAUUGGCGAUGAAGGUGAUAUGUGGAAAGUUAUUUGUUCUAAUGAAAAUGAUUAUUGGUUGAGAAAAGAUGGAAUUAGAUUGAAACAUGUUGCUACAGACAAAUAUCUUCAUUUAACUGGCGAUACUUAUGGUCGACCAAUUCAUGGUCAAAAAGAGAUUUCCUGUUAUCCGAAUGCCAAUAAUCAAAACCUAUGGAAAGUUGAUGCUGGUGUUUAUGUUCGUCCGUCUUCUGAGCCUCAGCUUUCAAUUCCAAACAAUGAAUUUAAUGCACACUCACAAUCAAUAUAUACUGAUCAUGUCGACUAUGAACUUUAG